AACUAUUUGAGUACGCAAAAGUGGGUCACUUAUUAGGAAAUUUUUCAGAAAACAGCUCCAACAGCUCAAAUUGUGCAGUCCUUAUGGAAUCUGAGGGAGAAGAAGCCUCCCAUCUUCGGCCAAAGCGGAGCAAACACACUAAUCCUGCUCAAUUUUCUUCCAUUUCAAUGGAAUCUGAGGGAGAUAAAUCAAGCUUUAAAAUCCCUACUUUGCCACCAGAGCUCAUCACUGAAAUACUCUUAAAGCUACCAGUGAAAUGCAUCUUGCAAAUGAGAUAUGAUGAAGACACCAUUGUAGUCCACGUGCAGACGUUAGGAACAACUAAUCUAUCUCCUGCUGACUGUAUGGAGCGCAAUGAUGAAGUAUGGUUUUCCCUGUUUUUACUGUUCAUUUUAAAUGUACUAAUGUUAUUUCCAUGUGCAUAUAGCAAGACUUAGCCUCUCUGUCCCAUCGGGUUAGGGGUAGGGGUAAGGUCUGCGUACACACUACCCUCCCCAGACCCCACUUGUGGAAUUUUACUGGUUUGUUGUUGUUGUUGUUGUUGUUGUUGUAUAUAGCAAGACUUAUCUACAUUCAGUAAUUGCAUAUUACAUUUGUUGGUAUUUUGAAGUCAAGUUCAUUGUGGCAAACAGGUUGAACA